CAUUUGACCUCGUAAAAAUCGUAAUACUGUCCAAGUCAGUCACCCAACCCCAACUCCUCCAUUGCCAAGCCUUCAAGACCACUUCAGCAUUCCAAAUUCAAUGUAAACAAAAUCCCUUUUAAACCCAAAAAUCAAGUUCUCCUUUUUUCUCCCCAUACAUGUUCAUAACUUUUCUCAUUCAUUUCUCAAUACACCAAAAAAAUACUUCAAGACCCACUUUUUAUUGAUUUUAUCAAGAUUUUGAGGUGGGGUGAUUCAAGACUCAUUCUUUAGCACUUCUGAUCUACGGUUUUCUUGGAUUUUAUGGCUGACCUAGUGAAGCAGAUCUUAACAAAGCCGAUCCAAUUAGCAGACCAGGUGAUAAAAGCAGCUGAUGAAGCUAGUUCAUUCAAGCAGGAAUGUACUGAUCUUCGUUCCAAAACUGAGAAACUUGUUGCCCUUCUUCGUCAAGCUGCACGCGCCGGUAACGAUCUUUACGAACGUCCCACGCGCCGGAUCAUUGAUGACACUGAACAAGUUCUUGAAAAAGCUUUAGCACUUGUGUUAAAGUGUAGAGCACAUGGACUUGUUAAACGUGUUUUUACAAUCAUCCCUGCUGCACAAUUCCGGAAAAUGUCAUCACAGUUGGAAAACUCAAUUGGUGACGUGUCAUGGCUGCUUCGUGUAUCUGCUUCAGCUGAUGAAAGGGCUGAUGAUUGUUUGGGUUUGCCUCCUAUUGCUGCUAAUGAGCCCAUUUUAUGUCUUAUUUGGGAACAGAUCGCGAUUUUGUAUACAGGUAGUGUUGAUGACAGGUCAGAUUCUGCUAAUUCACUUGUUUCUUUAGCUAGAGAUAAUGAUAGGUAUGGGAAGUUGAUUAUUGAAGAAGGUGGUGUUGGGCCAUUGUUGAAAUUGUUGAAAGAAGGGAAAGCUGAGGGUCAGGAAAAUGCUGCCAGGGCAAUUGGGCUUCUUGGACGUGACCCUGAAAGUGUUGAACAUAUGAUACAUGCUGGGGUUUGUUCAGUUUUCGCGAAAAUCCUUAAAGAAGGUCCUAUGAAGGUGCAAGCAGUUGUGGCCUGGGCUGUAUCUGAACUUGCUGCUCAUUAUCCUAAAUGUCAAGAUCUUUUCCACCAACAUAAUACGAUUCGAUUGUUGGUUAGUCAUCUUGCUUUUGAAACUGUUCAGGAGCAUAGUAAGUAUGCUAUUGUUAGUAAAGCAACGUCGAUGCACCACGCUGUUGUGUUGGCUAGUAGUAAUACUAAUGGUAAAGUUGCUAAUACUGUGGAUAAUAAGGUGAUUGAGGAUGAAGAUAAAAGUCAUAUUCAACAUCCUCUUGGGAGUAACAAGCCUAAUCAUAUGCAUAGUGUGGUUGCUACGGCAAUGAAGGGUCAAAUAGUCAAUGGUUUAAACCAGACAAAUCAGGUCAAGGUUAAUGGAAAUAGUAACACUGUGAAGGGAAACCAAGUGCACCACCACAGUCAGCAUACUCUUUCUUCAUCAGGGCUGAGUAAUAAUAAAGGGAGAGAAUUAGAGGACCCUGCUACUAAGGCUUAUAUGAAGGCAAUGGCUGCAAGAGCAUUAUGGAAACUUGCUAAAGGAAAUUCGCCUAUUUGUCGUAGUAUCACUGAAUCAAGAGCGUUGCUUUGCUUUGCAGUACUGUUAGAGAAAGGACCCGAGGAUGUUCAGUACAAUUCUGCUAUGGCGGUUAUGGAAAUAACAUCCGUGGCAGAAGUAGACGCUGAGUUGAGAAGGUCAGCAUUUAAGCCUAAUUCCCCUGCCUGCAAAGCUGUUGUUGAUCAAUUGCUGAGAAUCAUCGAACAAGCUGAUUCGGAUCUGCUUGUUCCAUGUGUUAAAGCUAUCGGGAGUUUAGCGAGGACUUUUCGAGCAACAGAGACAAGGAUGAUUACUCCAUUAGUAAAGCUGCUAGAUGAGCAAGAAGUAGAGAUCUCUAAGGAAGCUGCAAUUGCCCUCACAAAAUUUGCUAGCUCAUUUAAUUACCUUCACCUUGAUCAUUCCAAGGCAAUCAUAAGCGCUGGAGGGACGAAACUUCUGAUCCAACUUGUUUACUUUGGUGAACAAAUAGUUCAGAGUCCUGCAUUGCUUUUGCUAUGUUACAUCGCAUUGCACGUCCCUGAUAGUGAAGAGCUUGCUCAAGCUGAGGUGCUUUCAGUUCUUGAAUGGGCAUCAAAGCAUUCAUCCUUGAUUCACGAUGAAGAGGUAGAGGCUUUACUGCAGGAAGCUAAAAGCAGGCUGGAACUCUAUCAAUCCAGAGGAUCAAGGGGAUUCCAUUGAUUGCAUCUGCAUAACUCCAAUGUGCAGAAUUUGUAAGUUUUUAGAUGGAAAUAUCUAUUUAUAUUUACAGUUUUCUCUCAGUUUACUAUGGUCUUGGGAGUGUACAUAAGAUAGGUCUUUUUGCCUGCCCUAAUGAUAUAGUGGAACACCCUCUCCACCCCCUAUAAAAUAUCAAAUCCUGUUGCUUCAUUGUAAUCUUUUUGAGUUCCACAAGGUGUAUUAUUGUAUCUAGGACACAGAAUUUCUUAUUCAUUGGUUAUAUUGACAUUCAUUUUCUCAA